AUGCCAAAUUCGCACAACAAAAAGCCUCGGCUGCCUCAACACUUCACAUCCACAUCGUCCAUGUCAAGUUUUGGCGCGGAUCGUAUUUCACUUCCUGGUGAGAUUCCGGAUCAGCUAGAGCUACGAAGUGACGUGAAAAAUGUACUAAGAAGACAAAUUGCGACGGCAGUAGAGGAUGUUUUGGAUAGUAUGAUUAACGAAAGCACUGAAGAUGUAUACUGGCGCGCUACAAUGCGCAAGGACAGCAUCAUUUUCUACGAAGACAGAGAGAGUGUGACGAAAAAGCAGACUCGCUUUUGUUGCGUUGAUAGUACUGAAGCCUCAGUGGAUGAGGUGAUAAAGCUUUUUGUCGUCUCCGACACUGACAUGCUGCUACAACGGUGCCGCAUAAUGUACGACAACAUUCUGGACGCCAAAAUCUUGACAGUGCUAGAGCAUCCGUCGAGUGACUUCCCCAUGCGCUCGGCUUAUAUUCGCUACACUGCAUUUAAGACGAGAUGUCUACAGCGCAAACAUCGUGAUAUGUGCGUUGUUGUAUCAACGGACGUCGUGAAAUUCCCUGACGGAUCAAAAAUAGGCUACUGCGUUUGGGACUCACUUAAUCUCUCUGAUAUGGCCGAAUUGGUUGUACCACCAGGAUUUAUCCGGACGCGUAUGUUCCGCUCGGGGUACUUCGCUCAAAAUUCAGGCAAACCCGGAGCUUUGACGAAAAUUGUCUACAUCGUUGGCAUUGAGGCUGGAGGACUUGCUCCACGGCUUACAACGCGCUAUUAUAUGCCACGGUUUGCUCAGGUUCUCAGCCGUAUCAUUGAGCAUCUCCGUCAUCGACAACGACUUGACCCAAGUACCUUUGUACCGAAAUCUCAAUGGACUGAUAAGCGAAAAGUCGAAUUUUGCCAGUGUUGUAGUAAACAUUUUGGUGCCGUCAAACUACUUGAUACCCGGCGAUAUAACUGUAUGUCGUGCGGUGACGCCAUUUGCCAUGCUUGUCGUCAUCUAGAGGUAGUCCGGUUUGCUAGUGGUCGACAGAAGACGGUCGUAUAG